GCUUGCUUGCUAACUUCUCCUGAAUUUAAUUUCGCUGCUCCAUCGAUCGCUCCAUACAUUGUCUGAAACUGCCGUCCUAGAAGUUGUUAGCGCUGAUGUCAAAAUGAGCGGCAUUGUACAAGACAAAUGUAUAGUCAUUGGUUCAUCUCUAAACAAUCAUAGUAUCAAUUCCAAUUACGUGAUUCAUGAUUCAUAUAGGCCGGGUUUGGACCAACCCAUCGGUCUCUGGGACCAAUCAGAAUGGUCAAGAUGUGUUUGCGGUCUACAAAACGGUGGGGAGGAAAGCAAAUCCAGACUCAUUGUGCAGAAAAACUAGUGGAUCUGGUCUUUGGCUGGAGCCAUGUGGAUGGGCGUGUCAGGCUAUGGGUUCAUCUUUAUAUCCAACCCGUUCCUGCCAGGCUCCCAGCAGCACUGGGUGAGACAGUGUCUGAAGACCUACCCACAGAAACCCAACGUGUGUAACCUGGACAUGCACAUGGCACCCACGGAAACACAAGACAUCUGGGGGAGGAGUGCAGACGCGCUCCGGAAGAUGGGUUCGAGGGUCAGGGAGCCCAAGACACUGCUGGAGAAGCUUCGCUGGGUGACCCUGGGCUACCACUACAACUGGGACACCAAGACAUACUCAGCAGAUCACUACACUCUGUUCCCAUCAGAUCUCCACUCUAUAUCCCUCCAUGUGGCCGCAGCCUGCCGAUUUCCUGGGUUCAACGCAGAAGCUGGAAUCCUCAACUACUACCGCUCCGACUCGUCACUCGGGAUCCACGUAGACGAAUCAGAGCUGGACCACACUAGACCCCUCCUGUCAUUCAGUUUCGGCCAAUCCGCCGUCUUCCUGCUUGGUGGAACUCAGAGAGAAGACCCGCCCACCGCCAUGUACAUGCACAGUGGUGACGUCAUGGUAAUGUCAGGACACAGCCGCCUCCUCUACCAUGCCGUGCCUCGCGUUGUCCCCGCCCCCAAAGGAGACCCCUUACACCCCUCUCUGGAGGAGGACGGCCUAGGCCCAGGGUCAGACCAGGGACUCGCACAGGACCAUACCCAGGGAGAUGCCACCCUGAUCCAGCCGGUAUCAGAGGAGGACUGGGCGGUGUGCUCCAGGUACAUCGAGACCUCCAGGGUGAAUAUGACCAUCAGACAGGUGCUUGGGUCUGGCCAAGCCUUCCCCGCCAUGGACACUACUGACAAACGAAUAGACGCGGGACACACGGAUGGGUACCAUGACAACCAGGAUGGAGAGAAUGUGGGACUGAAGAGGAGGAGGAGUGACUCAUGAGACACCACACCAAUAGAGGUUAUGUGUAAGGACUGGUAAAUGUUAACAGGUCUAAGAAAAGUACCAGAAGACCUUUAUAAUAAGAGUUCUACUGUACAGCAUUACCUCUUAUGAUGAAUAUUUAUUUCUGAAUAAUUUCACACGGUGAUGUUGUAAUAAAUGUGAACAUUG